AAAGGACCGUACUAUAUCAUCGGACAUUAAGGAAACAUGCUAUGUUGAAGUGCUGGCUUCUCUGUCAACAAUGCAGCAGCCAGUAUGUCCUCCAUCUAAGUUUAUAUUUUGGUCCUGAAUGGUUUGUUUGAGUUUUGUCCAGAGAAGUAGGCGUUUUUUUAAGUCGCCCCCCCACACGGCCGUUUUGCCCCCUCGCCUCUUGAUUUGCCAGGCAAACGGCAAACCAACAGGUGUCGCAGUGAUGAAAGCGAGAAAACAAACUGGUUCAGAUAGAACUGAUUCUACAUGACCAAAAAAAAGCCUCUGCAUUUUUCUAAUAAGCUCUACAUCCAGAAACGUGGCAAAACUAGGAUACAUUUUAGAGAGGCUUUUGAAAAAUGCCAAGAGGUCAGAACGCAAAAAAAAAAAAAAUUAAAACCGAUGCAGAGCUGGCUAAACACUGAAGCUUCCUUGCAUGCUACGUAGCAACCUACGUGCAAAUAGAGUCUAGGGAGGAGGGAGUUGGGUGAAGACAGCUCUAUUCAAUAUUUGUAUUGUAUAUGGACUGCAGUACCCAUUGUGAACACUAGGGGUCAGAGUUACAUAUUUCUCCUUCUAAAAAAAAAAUCUAAACAAAGUGGGUGCGCUGGUGGCACAAUGGUUAGGGCGUGCGCCCCAUGCAUUGAGGCUGUCAUCUCAAGCGGGCGGCCCGGGCUCACAUCCCGCCCGUGGCCCCCCUCCCGCAUGCUGCUCCCCCCCCUCCACCCCCCGGUCUCCAACCCCAUCCACUGUCCUGUCUCUCCAUUAAAGGCAUAAAAAGUCCAAAAAUAAAUCUUUAAAAAAUCUAAACAAAGAGCUUAGAGACUCUUAAACGUUCCUUAGAACCGACAGGCGCUGCAGAGGUUUGUGACAAAACUCUUUGGGAUUUUUCCCAAAGAAAGGGCCCCUUUCACAUAGUUUCACAUAGUCAAUAACUGAACUAUUGAUAAAGGAGUCGGGAAAUAAUAUCAAUAUGACAAUAUAUUGUAGUCCUGACAUGUGUUAUACGAUCACCAAAUCGCUGUUUCAAAUUUUGAUCAUUUAAAAAGAAACUAACUCUAACUAACAGAUUUUCCUGCCAAUUUGACUCAGCGCGUCACCUCCUCACGGUGGCACUUGGUGACAUGGAUGCGGGUAACGUGAAUGAAAGUUAAGUUGCAUUGUAUAGUGACGUAAUGUGAGUUGCCCUGCGAUUCCCGCUAUGAAAGUAUGCAGCUUCAAAGAGAAAUAAAAGGGCAGUGUGCAAAGUCAGAAAAAAACAAAAUGAUGUAAAGUCUCUUUUCCUGACAAAAUGACACAUCAAAACUUGGUUAAUCAAUACAGGUGAUGUGGAAAGAGAAACAUGCCGUGAAUCUGACAAUGUGUCUGUUGUAAGAGAGAGCACCGUGCUCAUCAUAAGGGUAUGAUAUGAAGCUCUUGUAUCAACAAGAUUCUUGCAAAGCUUACUGGAAUAUUCUCCCCCUCACUUAUUCACCCUUCCUGACUUGUCUCUUGCGCUGUUCAUUCCUGUUCUUGUAAAUGUACACCAUGCAUUUCACAACUUUUCGCACGACUUCUGCUCUUCUCCCUCCAAUAAUGGCCGUCUCAAAUAAUCUGUACCGGACAGAAAAAGAAAAGCAGAUGGACAUGCAGCAGAUCCGCCAUGAUGAUAUUUUUCAGCAAUGCUGCAGUGCAUACCUGAGUUGAGAAAGUCUCUGAUGCACUGAUAAGAAACAGAAAAAUAUGGAACAUGGCCUUUAUUGCAACCCAGUGAGCUCAAACUGGCUUCCUGUUCUCACAGGAUUUCCCCUCACAUUACCCUCUUACUCAAUAUAAAUGUUAGAUGUUUGUAUUUUUCCUCACACACAGUCCUCACAGCAAAGCCUGAGAGUGGACUGUAGAUCGGACAAGGUGUUGUGUCACUUUUGACUUGGAUUUACUGUUGCAGUUACACACAGACGGAGUUCUGCAAUUGAAGGUUGUCUGUUAUACAGUCGUCAAAGCCUGAACCCAGAGGUUUUCCCCAAUGGCGUCCAACUCCACCACCAUCAGUCCUCCCCCUCCCUACUUUACUCUGCCCAUCAGCGCCUCGGCCUGGGGCGGCAUCGUCAUCCUCACCCUGGCGCUUUUGCUCGGCUUUCCCGGGAACCUGUUUGUGGUCUGGUCGGUGCUGUGCCGGGUGAAGAAGCGCUCAGUGACCUGCUUGUUGGUGCUGAAUCUUGCUCUGGCGGAUGCUUUCGUGCUGCUCGGUGCUCCUCUCUUCCUGCGGUACCUGGCUGGAGGUCGAGGUUGGGAGUUUGGAUCCGCGGCAUGCAAGCUAGUGCAUUACCUGUCAAGCGUGAACAUGUACGUGUCCAUUUACCUGAUCUGCCUGAUGAGCAUGGACCGCUGGUUUGCUGUGACCAGACCUUUCAUGUCCCAGAGGAUGAGAACCAAACGUACCCUGCUGCUUCUCCUACUGGGGGUGUGGUGGUUAGCGUUCAUCCUGUCACUGCCGAUGCCUUUCUACCGCAGCAAUGUUGAGAAAACAUUUUCAGUCAAUGUCACUCUGCGCUUUUGUGUGGCGAGCCACGGGGGCAGCGUGGGCCACCGGGUGUUCCAGUACCUGUUCGAGACCAUCAUGGCCUGCCUGGUGCCCUUCUCCCUCAUCAACACCUGUUACUCCUCCGUCAUUUGCCGUCUGCAGAGUGCAAAGUUCCAGCGCAGAGGGCAGGGCAGCCGCCUCAUCCUGAUGAUCAUCUGCACAUUUGCGAUAUUCUGGCUGCCCUAUCACAUCGUCAACGUCAUAGAGGUAGCCGGUCUGUUGACAGAUAAUAAAUUGGUGAUCCUUGCUGCCACUACAGCCCGUCCAAACGUCACGGCCUUUGCUUACUUCAGCAGCGCUGUAAACCCCAUUCUCUACGUGUUCGCCGGCAGCUCCCACAUCCGCCAGGCCGGUCUCAGCUUCAUGGGCAAGCUCUUCGAGGCGACCAACUCUGAGGGCAGAACGACGUCUUUCUUUACCCGUAGUAGCAGAAGCGGCUCUUCCCCAGACGAGGGCUCUGUCCUGCACACAUUGUCGGUCAAACUCGGGAGGCCUUUCAAAGCCAAGGACAAGGAGAGGAGCUGCAGUUUGGCAGACACAGGGUUCAACGAGUCAGAAGUCAGGACUCUGGCCAGUGUUGACCAGUUGGAGUAGUGAUGAAGCUGUUCUCAAAGCAACCUUGCUUGGACUUCUUUUGUUGAUUAAUUACAAAGUUUUGUUAAGGAGGUGUUCGCAGACCCAACUAUUUCAUAAACUAGGUGCGUAGGGCGACAAAUCACUU